AUGGCAUAUAAUAACUAUAAUUAUAAUAGGCAUAACUCAAUAGGUGGGAGUUGGCACUUGCCUCCCCCUUCAUACCAACAACAACAGCAACAACAGCAACAGCAAUCUCAGAAUCCACCACAUCUUCAACAUCAAUCACUGCAUCCUACUUUAAAUCAAGAUGUAUUAGGAAAUCCAAAUGAUCAAUAUCAACGUCCUAAUCAGCAUAUGUCAGGUUUCAGAAACCCGUGGUAUUCCCAACAACAACAGCAACAGCAGCAGGCGAGUCCAAGUUCUUCCUUGUUAUCUUCAUCAUCUUUAUCACAAUCACCAACAAAAUCGCAUCAGAUACCGUUGUUGCAACAGCAACAACAGCCGCCAUUGAAUAAGCGGUUGUCAUUCGCCAAUCAGUUGCCAACAACCUAUGAAUAUGAGAAUGAUAAUAACGUUCCUCCUUUCAUUCAUCCACCAACGCGUGCUGACAACCCAUUCAACCAAUACUUUGCAAAUCAAGAAGUGUCUCUAGGAAGCAAUGAUCGUAGGAUGUCUGUUGCUAUAGAUGGAACUCAUUAUAAUCCAUUUGGUACAUUUGGCCAACAAAACAAUGCCUAUCCAUCUGGUCCUGCAGGUGUAGCUGGCCAUCAAUACUUGAACAAUCCAAAUUUGGGAGCCAUUCCUGGAGCUAACAGAAGAUCUUCAUUAGCCGUUAUGCCCAAUCAUUAUCGUCAACAACAGGGUCCACAACAACCAAUAGAUCCAAAUUCACCAGCUGCAGCAUAUUACCUACCACCUGCUCGUCUUGGUAGAUCAGCUCUGAUCAUUCAAUACCAGCAAUAUCAACAGGCUUUACAAAACCUGAAAGUCAACAAGGCAUAUCGACCAGCACCAAAAGCUCGCAAGAUCUACAACAAAAUGGAAUUAACACCGAAAUACCACCAACAACCUAAAUAUCGUCGAUGUUCAGUUAAUUCCAUCCACAUUUCUCCUGUUAAUGCAUUAUCGGUAUAUUUGACCGAAUCGUACAGCAUAUGUCAGCCACGUAAGUUCCAAUAUUCAAAAUCCACAAAUCCAAAGAGAGUAUUGACCAAACCGCUGGAGCCGAAAUUUAAUAAUGGGUAUGAUAACGAAGACAGUGACUAUAUCUUGUAUGUUAAUGAUGUCUUGGGCAGUGAAGAAGGAAAGAAGUAUAUGGUGUUGGAUUUAUUAGGAUCAGGAACAUUUGGACAAGUUGUUAAAUGUCAGAAUCUUUCUAACCAAAGUGUUUGCGCGGUCAAAGUGAUCAAAUCCAAACCUGCAUACAUGAAUCAAUCGCUCACAGAAGUCAGGUUAUUGGAGUUUUUGAAUACCAAUAGUGAUGGGAAAAGUUUCAUCCGUUUGUUGGAUACAUUUAUGCACAAGGAACAUCUUUGUUUAGUGUUUGAAUUGUUGGCAUCCAAUUUGUACGAAUUGAUCAAACAGAAUCAAUUCCAAGGUCUCAAUAUGAAACUUGUUAAAAUUAUCAGUAAACAACUUUUGGAAGGAUUGGCUCAGCUAAAGAGUUUCCAGAUGAUACAUUGUGAUUUGAAGCCAGAGAAUAUAUUGUUAAUAACUGGAGAUAAACCUACGAUUAAAAUCAUUGACUUUGGGUCUGCUACGUUUUCAAAAAAUACCAUAUACAGUUAUAUUCAAUCUCGUUUUUAUCGAAGUCCAGAGGUUAUUCUUGGAUUGAGUUACGGAGAAGCUAUAGACACUUGGUCAUUAGGAUGUAUAGUAGGUGAACUUUAUCUUGGUCUUCCAUUAUUCCCAGGUACAUCUGAGUACAACAUGCUAUGGAAAAUACAAGAAAUGUUGGGUCCACCACCUCGUCAUAUGCUUCUCGGACGAAACUCGAUGAAUUUUUAUAAGAAACUUCCUGGGAAAACACCAGACGAUAAACCAAAUUAUCAGAUCAAGACCUACGAGGAAUACUGUCAAUUUUUAGAACAAAAGAAAGGAUCAAGUGCUCAUGAAAAGGAGAAUAAGAACUAUUUCAAACACAAAUCUUUGAAGGAUAUUAUCAUGAAUUAUAGAUUACCAUCAAAGAAAAUGACAAAUUCCAUGGUUGAAAAAGAGAUGCGUGAACGAGAAUUGUUGGUUGAUUUUCUUACAAAAGUACUCAAUUGGAAUCCUAUUGAAAGAUUAACUCCACAAGAAGCAUUGAAACAUCCUUGGAUGAAUUCAUAG